AUGGUUGGGAGUCUACAGUACUUGUCUUUCACUCGGCCAGACAUUCAAUUUGCUGUCAACCUUGCUUCUCAAUUUCUUCACCAGCCGAGGCAAUUACAUCUUCAGGCAGUAAAGCGCAUCUUCAGGUACCUAAGUGGCACAGCUGAUUGGGGCUUGCAGUUGUACAAAAAUUCUCCUCUUGCGCUUACUAUUCAUUCUGACUCCAAUUGGGCUGGUUGCUCUGCCACAAGACGAUCAACAUCUGGUUUCUGCAUUUUUCUUGGUUCAAAUCUCAUCUCUUGGUCCGCGAAGAAACAACCUACAGUUGCACGCUCUAGUACUGAAGCUGAGUAUAGAGCUCUUUGCUGUCAGCUACCGAGGCUAGCUACACAGCUCUAA